AAAUAUCAGAAUUUAUUCAAUGUGAUAAAAGUGAUUCUGAUAAAAAAGUGAAGCUUUUGAAAACUGGCCUUAGAACAGAUAUUUCAGAACAUAUUUUAAGCAAUGUUAAUAAUAAUAACAUUUUAAAAAAUCAUGAAAAAGAUAUCACUGGAGGAACAAAUAGUGCUAGCAAUAUAGAAAAUAUCUACUAUGAUAAUGAUGAUAAAAUUGAACUAGACUCCCAACUUGCUAGAUAUAUUACUUUCAAUCUUCAAUCAGAAUCACUUGAUUUAGAAUCAAUCAAGGAUAAUUUUACCAGAUUUCAAAAAUCAUCAUUAUUGCAAUUAAGUCUAGAUUAA